AUGGGUUCCACUCUCCCUCAGACCAUGAAGGCUCUCAGAUAUGAGAAGCCCGAAUCCCACGCCGUCGUCGACGUUCCGCUGCCCACCCUGCGCGACAAUGAUGUCUUGAUCAAGGUCAAGGCUUGCGGUGUCUGCGGCACUGACCUCCACAUUCACGAGGGUGAAUUCAUCGCCAAGUUCCCGCUGGUGCCUGGCCACGAAACGGUCGGUGUCGUUGCGGCCGUCGGACCCAAAGUCAAGGGGUUCGAGGUCGGCGAGCGCGUCGUUGCCGACAACUCGGAGCUCUGCGGCGAGUGCUUCUACUGCCGUCGCGGCGACGAGCUCUUCUGCGAGCACUUUGAGGCACACGGCGUCACCAUGAACGGCGGCUUUGCCGAGUACUGCGCCUAUCCCGCUGGCCGGGUCUUCAAGAUCAAGAACCUCUCCGACGUCGACGCCACGCUGCUGGAGCCGGCCUCCUGCGCGGCCCACGGCCUCGACAAGAUCGCCCCGAAGAUGGGCUCGUCAGUGCUGCUGUUCGGUGCCGGCCCGACGGGUCUGAUCCUGGCGCAGCUGCUCCGCAUGAACGGCGGCUGCCGCGUGGUCGUGGCGGCGCCCGAGGGCCUGAAGAUGGACCUGGCCAAGUCGCUCGACGCGGGCGACGAGUACAUUGCGCUGUCCCGGCAGGACCCGGCCGCGCAGUUCGAGAAGCUCAAGAAGGACAACCCGUACGGGUUUGACAUCGUCGUCGAGGCGACGGGUAGUGUGAAGAUCCUCGAGGACGCCAUCAACUAUGUGCGCCGCGGCGGUAAGCUCGUCGUGUACGGCGUGUACUCCAACAGCGCGCGGGUGUCGUGGCCGCCCAGCAAGAUCUUUGGGGACGAGAUCACCAUCAUCGGUAGCUUCUCCGAGACGUACAAGUUCCCGGCCGCGAUUGACUAUCUGGAUUCGGGUAAGGUGAAGGUCAAGGGGAUUGUCAACAAGGUGUUCAAGAUCGAUCAGUGGGAGGAGUGUUUGGAGUCGAUGCGCAACAAGAGCGCCAUCAAGGCAGCGAUUACUUUUGACUAG